ACCCAGGAAAGGCCACUGGAAACAGGCUAUUAUGACAUCUUGGGCAUCCCAGUGAAUGCCUCGACAGAUGAUGUAAAGAAAGCAUACCGGCGCCUGGCUAUCAAGCAUCAUCCAGACAAGAAUCCCAACGAUCCUCAUGCUGAAGAGCGCUUCAAGGAGAUCGCAAUAGCAUACCAAACACUCUCUGAUCCUGCUCUUAGGAAGAAGUAUAAUGAAUUUGGGCCUAUGGAAAGUGCACCAGAGGGUGGCUUCGUGGAUCCCGAAGAAGUAUUCAGUACAAUUUUCGGAGGUCAAAUCAGCCUUGCAAGGGAUAUGAAAGCAGCAAUGCAGGAAGCUGAUGAAGCUGAUGGAGAAGAAGGCAAGGUAGUGCAGAGAGAUGCGAAAGGCAGAGAAAUAAUAAGUGAUGAAGAAAAGGCGAAGAAAGAAGAAAAAGAAAAGAAGGCGUCUGCAGAGGUAUGUUUUGUCUCUCUCCUGCAUUUCGGGUAG